UUCCUGCUUGCGAGUCCUGCGGUAUAUUCAUCGCGCAAUUCCACGUGUUUCCUGUAGGGCGGCUCGCUUUCAUUUUAUUUAUUUAUUUUUGAUUUUUUUGGUCCCGCGACGGCGUUCGUAUUUGUUGUGGUCUGUCGAUUUAAAAAGUCUCUCUCGGUGAGGUAGUGAAAUGUGAUUAACUAUUGAAAUAAUGCCGUUAUUAAUAGACCGUGAAAAAUGCUUCCCCGCAAACGUAAACUAACGUUACUUGGUACGUAGCUGCGGUAAAAUAAAAAAAGAUGAGGCAGUCUGCUUACCCGCCUCGCCACGCUGAGUCGGCUGCGCGUAUGGUCGAAUCGUAUGGUGUUUAUCACGACCCCCCGAUGCGCAGUGUGACGUAUGCGCAUGACGACGACGACGGUUUCAUGCCGCAGAGCGGACAGGUGUACCGCGGUGUAGUUGUGAACUCGAUGGGUAGUAGUUCGAUUAUCCGAAACGCGAAUAAUUCGAAUAAUCACACCGCUCAGAAUUCGCACGGUACUCAAAACGCACACAUAACAUCGCAGCCGUCAACUCAAACGCGGACACCAGAAGUGGAGGCCGAGAAAAAUUGGUGCUGUGGGUGUAAAGAUCGUCGAAAAUCAUCGACGGUAGCCAAUUCGAACAGAACGUCGGUGUGGGCGAUUUGGUGUCGACCGACCAUUUUGUUGUUAAUGUUGGUGUUGGUCGCGUCGGUAUUUGUUUUGGCUUCCGGAAUUAUGCUCUACUGCCACUACAUUCAACAGAGGCCAAUAAUGAACGCGGCGUCAGAUCCCGAUCAUUACUGGAACUUUCAAGAGCACGGAUAUGGUAUGGAUUACCCGGAACCGUGCGACAAGACGUAUUGCGCGUUUGGUGCGCAAUGUGUGCACGCACCAGAUGGAAAAACCCAAUGUCAAUGUCCCACGAUGUGUGGCGACAAUUUCGACCCGGUUUGUGGCACCGACAAUGUCACAUAUGACAAUCAUUGCUAUCUUCGUGUUGCUUCGUGCAAAGCACGAGUACAUACUCGGAUUAUGCACAACGGCGAAUGCUUACAAAGCGACUUGUGUCGCGACAAAACGUGCGGUUUCGGAGCUAGAUGCGUCAUAAGCCCUGACGGAAGGAAUGCCAGUUGCGUAUGCCCGGAAAAAUGUCAUAGUUAUGGCGAUCAUGUGACGUCUCAUCCCGUAUGCGGCUCGGAUGGGCUGGACUAUAAAAAUAAGUGCGAAUUGGAUAGGGCGGCCUGCAAAGCAAAUUCUAACAUUACAGUGAAAUUCAAUGGGAAAUGCGAUCCUUGCUCAGGCGUCGAAUGCACCGAACCUGAAGUAUGUCAGUUAGAUGCGCAAAGAAAUCCUGUAUGUCGGUGCGGCGAUACUUGCCCUUUGGAAUUUACCCCUGUUUGCGGUUCGGAUGGAAAAACCUAUUCGAACGAGUGUACUUUACGACAAGAAGCUUGCCGAACCAGAAAAACUCUCAAUAUUAUUUACAGAGGAAAAUGCAGUUCAGGUAUCAACCCUUGUCACAGCGCACGUUGCACAUUCGAUCAGGAAUGUUCGAUAAACAAAUACGGUAUCGCCGAAUGCGUUUGUCCACCCGAAUGCGAGCCGAUCAUGCGUCCGGUAUGUUCGAGCGACGGUCGGGCAUUUCCGUCCGAAUGCGAGCUCAAACGGGCGGCGUGCUUGACUCGCACCCCGAUUAAAAUCGCUUACGCCGGUGUUUGCGGCGAGAGAGGUCCGUGUAACGAGCACAAAUGCCAAUAUGGCGCUACGUGUGUCGAAAGAUCCGGCACGGCACACUGCGAAUGUCCCGUUUGCCCUUCGGAAUUCGACCCCGUAUGCGGCUCCGAUGGCAUCUCCUACGGAAACGAGUGUAAGCUUAGACUAGAAGCUUGCAAGCAUAGGAGAGAUAUAACGAUCUUAUACGGCGGACCUUGCAAUGGAUGUGAAAACAAGAAGUGUGAUUUUUACUCGACGUGUGAGAGUGAUGGUGCUACAGAAGGUCGUUGCGUAUGUCCAGAAAAAUGUUCUGAAAAUAAGCUCAACAACGGUACAGUGUGCGGCACAGAUGGAGUUACUUACGCAAACGAAUGCGAAUUACGGAAGAAUUCCUGCAAUACUAAACAAUAUGUCCUGGUUGCCUACAAAGGAAAUUGCGAUUUAUGCGAGAAUGUGGAUUGUAAAUACGGUGCUCGAUGUGAUGCGGGUAACUGUGUUUGCCCGACAAAUUGUAACGAUUCAAGGAUGGAGCCCGUGUGCGCGUCAAAUAUGCUGACAUAUCCGAACGAAUGCGAAAUGCAAAAGGCCAUGUGCCAAGAGACAUCCACCACCACCGCCACCACCACAUUCACCACAACUCCGCUCAGUGUCGUUUUCUACGGAGAUUGUCGUGAACGGUUCCCCAUAGGCAACACUACAAGUUCUUCGGUCGCCACUACGUCCGCGCCCACAGAACUUGUCAGUCUACAACCGGAUAAUGCGAUCCCUAACGUCAGUAGCAACGCUAAAGAAGCCUGUAGAGAUAUACAUUGCGAUUUCGAAGCGACUUGCGAAAUAGGACCGGAUAAAUUUCCACGUUGUACUUGUCGAUUUGAUUGCGUUACUGCCGCACUCUUGUCGCCCGCUUUGAACAAACCCGUAUGCGCUUCCGAUCUAAGAACGUACCCGUCAAUAUGCGCGAUGAAAGUGGAGGCUUGUCAAAGACAGGAAGAAUUACGAUUGAGACCUUUAGAGCUGUGCCAAGGAAUGGAAGUGAAGCCUUGUAAAGGUGAAAAACCCGUAACUGACGCUACCACGGGCCGCGAACUGGAUUGCGGGAACGGACCUUAUAGGCAAGACUGUCCGUCUGGUACAUAUUGCCACCAAACCGCUAGAUUUUCAAGGUGUUGUCACAAAGAUAGAAACUUUGUCGAAAAGAAGAGUUGCGAAGACAGUUGGUACGGAUGUUGUCCGGACGGCAAAAAUCCUGCGCAAGGGCCAGACUUCGCUGGUUGUCCUUUAUCCUGCGGCUGCAAUAAAUUAGGAGCGUAUUCGGAAUAUUGCGAUACCAAAACAAAUAAAUGCCGAUGCAAGCCAGGAGUUGGUGGCGACAAGUGCGAUCGAUGCGAGCCUGGAUUUUGGGGGUUGCCAAAAAUAUCAUCCGGUUUUAAAGGAUGUUUACCAUGUGGCUGUUCAAUAUUCGGAUCAGUAAGAGAUGACUGUGAACAGAUGACGGGAAGAUGCGUGUGCAAACCAGGAGUUCAAGGCCAAAAAUGUACAGUUUGCACCAGCCAUAACAAAGUGCUAGGGCCGAACGGAUGCGCUUCAGGUGAUCUGACUACGAUACCCCCGUCUACGUGCAAAGAAUUGACUUGUUACUUUGGGGCAAGCUGCGUCGAACGGAACGGUCUGGCUAUGUGUGAAUGUCAUGAACAAUGCCCUCCGGAGGAUGAGGCGCAAACCGUGUGCGGCAGCGACGGACAGACUUAUAAUUCGCCCUGCGAACUUAACGAAAUCGCCUGUCAUUCGCAAAAGGACAUCGUGGUACAAGCAUUCGGCACGUGCAAAGAAGACAUGUUUCCCGGAACGGACUGGCCCAUUCGUCGAUACACCCCCCUCCAGUUUACCCAACCGGACGAAACCAACGGGCCACUUUCGAAAUCGACGAGGCACUUGUUAGUGCCGGAUCCCAGAUUUUACUACGGAAGCGCCACGAAACCCUUAAGUUCCGAUAUUAAAGAUACGCGUGACGGAGAUGUUGCUCUAGCUUACAGACCGACACCUGCGACUGUAAAAGUUACAGCGCUUUUGGGCGACUUGUGUUCAAAAAGCUCCGACUGCCUGAUAUUAAACAGCUACUGCGUUGCCGGAGCUUGCUCGUGUCUACCAGAUUUUUAUUCCUCAUCCGAUCGGCAGAAAUGCAUCGAAGAGUAUCACCCGACAUCGGAACUAAGAGCGUGCACUUCGUCACCUUGCCACCACUUAAGCACAUGCAUCGAUUUGCCAGCGGCAACGUUCACAUGCAUUUGUUCAGAAAGUUAUACGGGACCAUCUUGCGAAACCGAAAUCGCUAUAAAACAAUACGAAAUACCGUCCUUCAACGGCAGAUCCUACGCCAUUCUUAAAACCAUAGAGGCUUAUAAUAAACUUAUCGUCGAAAUGGAAUUCAAAUCUUACACUUACGACGGUAUAUUACUGUAUAAUGCCGAGAAUGAUAAUGGUUUAGGGGACUUUGUAUCUCUUUCCCUCGUUAAUGGAUUUGUCGAGUUUAAGUAUAAUUUGGGCCACGGGCCGGUUAUUAUGCGUUCGCAAGACAAAAUUGAACUCGGAAACUUUCAUAAAGUCGUAGUCAAGAGAUAUAAUAGAGACGGUCUCCUAAAACUUGAUGAUGCAGAUGAUGUAGCGGCCCAAGCCUCUGGCUCUAUGAAAGCCCUCGAUCUCAAGACCGAUACUUUUGUUGGAUACGUUCUUACCAACCACACACGCGUGUUCGAAAACAUCGGAACCGACAAAGGCUUCGAGGGGUGCAUAAAAAAAUUGAAGAUUGGCAGACAGGAAAUUGAACUUCACAUGUACCGACACGAAAUGGUGUUGGAAACUAAAGGAAUUCGUGACUGUAGCCGGCAUGCAUGCGAAACGUCUCCCUGCGUUAAUGGCGGAAAAUGUGUCGAGAUGGAUGAUUUGUACCGUUGCGAUUGUCCACCACGAUAUUCGGGGAAGUUUUGCGAAACGAUCGACGACCCCUGCGUAUCAAAUCCGUGCGUUUUUGGCGCCAAAUGCAAAUCGUACGACCAGGAGGCUUAUAUAUGCCAGUGCAAAUCGGGCAGGACCGGCAAACGAUGCGAAAUUGAAUUUAAAAACGACAAACAAGUAAUACCGGAGUUCAACGGUCGUAGUUUCAUUCGAUUCCCGCCGCUGAAAGGAACGGAGAAGACAUUUUCGAUUGAAGUUUCUUUUAUGCCUAAAGCGCCUAAUGGUCUAAUUUUGUACAGUGGCCAAAUGAAAAAUGGCCUUGGCAAUUUUAUUUCCCUGAAUCUCGCCCACGGUUAUUUGCAAUUCCGAUUCAGUUUGGGAGGAGGCGCCGUGGAUUUAAUGACUGUGGAUCCCAUUGUCAUCCGCAAGUGGCACAAAGCCCGCAUUUCACGUAAAGGGAAAGAAGGCAUUUUGCAAGUUGACAAUUCGACCAUAGUUUUUGGCCACUCGGAUACGGCCAUUAAGGACUACGCUUUGGACGCGCCUUUCUACGUCGGAUCGUUCCCGCAUGGCGAAAAGGCAAAUAAUAUAUUGUCUUCGCCGGUAUCCAAUAAAGGGUUUCGAGGAAUCAUACAGGGACUGACGGUAAAUGGGAAUCCCUUGCCGAUAACAAACAUAUUACCGGACUGUUCCUACCAUCCAUCCAACAAUAGUUGCGCUUCAAACGUGGGCUUUUAUGAGGGAUUACCUUGUCCAAUGUAUAAAAAUCCUUGUCUAAAUAAUGGAUUUUGUAUUCCGAACUUGGCAGAUUUCACUUGCCAAUGCCCUCCGAGGUUCAGCGGGAAAUUUUGCGAAAUUGACGAACAAGCGGCACUGAAGUUCACGGGACACACGCAUCUGCAAUACAAACUGAAAGGUUUCAGGAACAAUAAUUAUACUGACUUGGAAAAUCAGGUAGUUGUCAGAUUUCAACGAAGGAAAAAAUCUACUAACCCCACCGAAAAUGAUGAAGAAAUGAGAAAAUCCGAAUUGGGCAACGAUUACGCGUUCCAAAUUCAAACGUUUGUUGCUGACGGUUUGCUGCUGUGGAGGAGCAGAACGCGACGAUUGGCCAGAGAGUAUUUAGCUGUAGCGAUCGAGAACGGCAAACCCGAACUCAGCUUUAACCUCGGGAGAGAUAAAAGGUUUUUUGCCAUUAGGGCUACAAAAAGAGUAGAUGACGGACACUGGCAUACCAUUCGCGUGAAAAGGAAAAAAAGAAUUGGUAUCAUCUCGGUGGACGGAGAAAGAGUGGUUCGAGGACGAUCCAGUCCCGGUGCUAAAAGUCUAAGGACAACUUCCAAGCUUUGGAUAGGUGGUUCGCCGUCGCUGCCCCCGGGCCUGCCCCCCGCCUACUACAAAGGAUUCUACGGAUGUAUUAAAAAAUUCUUCGUCCACAACAAACCUUUUAACUUACUAUCGAACGUAGACGGUAAAAAAGUACAUUUUUGUCACGUCAAUGAUGUGUAGAUCGGCUAAAUAUCUUUUUGCGGUUUAAAAUAAACUGACUUGUGAGACUGAAUUAUAUUGGUUUUCAAAUGACUACGUUUAUAAUAUUUUAAUGACUCACGGGUGUGACCUAACUGGUUUUAAAUUAGCGUGAGGACCGCGCCAUUUUAUGACGUUCUUAAUAAAGCGCGGAUUAAGCAAUUAGAAACGGAGUCAUUGAGAGAAAAUGUAGCGUAUAGGUAAUAAAUCGAUGUACAUAGAUGUAUCGUUUGUUUCUAAAUCAUCUAAGAGCUUAAACUAAAAUAUUAAAAUGGUUUGAUCUAGUCCUGUAAAAUACUAUUCGAAAAUUGCGUUUAUAUGGAGUAGCUAAAAAAAACUUUAAGCAAAAUUUUAAUAUUAUAAUUUAAAGCUAAAUGAAUUUAAUAAAAUUUCUGGCUGUUUGGGAAAAUUGUGUAGAUCAAAAUCGAUUGAGACUUUAGUUUUAUAGGGAGAAAUUUAGAAUAGAUUUAGUUGUGGAACAAUAAGGCACUUUUCUAAUAUUGUUUUUAUCUGAUAAGUUAUUUGUUUAGUGUGCCAUAUUUAUUUUAAUGUUAAUGGCCUAAGUGUGAGAGUCGAUGGUUUAGUACGUAUUAAUGAGACCAUGCAAUCAAACAAAAUACAACCCCAAGUCAAAAAUUAUUUGGUUGUAAACAUUUUGUAGUAGGGUUUUCCAGAGGGGACAAUACAUACUAAACAUUUUGGCAAGCUGUGCUAAACACUUGUGGCUUGCUAAAGCCUGUGUGACUAUAUGUAGAUAAGAUGCCGCCUAUUCCUUCCAAGCUCAUUUCAUUCACUCGUGGGUCAACUGUACUUUAUAACUAAUAAGACAUAUCGUUUGUUGAACACAUGUCAUAUACGAAAUAACUUUCUUGCGGUUAUCGGUAACGUCGAGAUUAUUGAAUCAACCACAGACAAUACCAAUUUCGAACUGAAACCACAUUUAGCUAAUAUAGGAUUUAAAUGAUGCUUGUUCAGUAAAAUCGACUACUAUAAGCGUGGAAGUUAUUUCCGUAAUAUUAUCUUAACAAUCUUUGGAGACGUACUUAACAAUAUAUUACACAUAUCUUCAUAUUUUUUGUUACAUACUUAUAAAAAACUUAGAUUGUUUACAUAUAAUACGCUUUACGUUGAUUGAUGUAAAUAUAACUUAAAUAAAAUAAUCAAGUACAUUUAGGUUACGUUAAGUUUUAGAAAAUUAUUGUAAUAUUUAGGUACAUGUAGGAGAUAACACAUAUCUUCCGUUUUAGUUAGAAUAUAUUAUUUUUCGAAUAGAUUUGUA